AACACAGGAGAGAGAGAAAGAGAGAGAGAUCCCGUCGCCUCCCGCCUCGAUCCCGAUCUCCUCCGCCGCGGCCGCCGCCGUCGACGCCGCAAGGGCUGAUGGAGAAUUUCUCCCUGAGGACCCUGCUCAAUAGUAUAUUGCGCAUCACUGUCUUAACCUCUGAUGGAUCUACUUCAAGGCCCAAACCUAUUCAGAAAUACUGCCAAAAUGUAUGUGAUAUCUCAAGCAUUGUGAGCCCUCUCAUAGAAGAUCUAUGUGAGUCUCCUGAAGAUCAACUGAAUGAGGUGUUAAGGGAGCUUGGCACUGCUGUUAAUGAAGCUUCAGGACUUAUUGGGAACUGGCACCAGACAACCAGCAAAAUAUAUUUUAUAUGGCAGAUUGAAUCAGUAAUCUCAGAUAUUCAGGGAUGUUCCCUACAGCUGUGCCAGCUUGCUAACUCUCUAUUACCUUCCCUGACUGGCCGUGCAUGCACAUGUAUUGAGAAACUCCAAGACAUAAAUUAUGAACAUAUGCUUGAUCUGGUAAAAGAGGCUUCAAUGGAGCUAGCUGAGACGGACACAGCAAGUCCAGAGAGUCUUUCGAGACUAUCUAGUACAUUGAGUCUGUCAACUAACCUAGAAUUGUACAUGGAAGCUGUUUCCCUUGAGAGUCUCAGAGCAAGGGCAAUGCGAAGUGAGAACCGUGAAGAAUUGGAUCUAGCUGAGAAGAUGAUUCCACUAGUCAACUAUAUGCAUGAUCGCCUUUUGAGGGAAACACAACUGCUUAACAUCAACGGGGUGCCUAUUCCUGCAGAUUUUUGCUGUCCGCUUUCCCUAGAGCUGAUGUCAGAUCCUGUUAUUGUAGCAUCUGGCCAGACAUACGAGCGGGUUUAUAUCAAGUUAUGGCUUGAUGAAGGUUUUACUAUCUGCCCAAAGACACGCCAAAGACUUGGCCACUCCAAUUUAAUUCCAAAUUACACCGUGAAAGCUUUGAUAGCUAACUGGUGCGAAUCACAUAACAUUAGGCUUCCUGAUCCUAUGAAAUCCUUGAAAUUGAACUUUCCUUCAGCUGCAUCUGCUCUCCAGGAUUUGAGCACCACAGGAAGCAGCCCUCUACAUCCUACUGUUGUUGCUAAGGGUAAUAUUCCUGGGUCCCCAGAAGCUGACUUGUAUAUGAGAAGCUUGAAUAGAGCAUCUCCUCCGCACAGUGUAGUCCAUCAGAAUUCUCAUGCGCACGUGAACCGUGCUGGUCAUGAAGCCUCCGCUAAGCAAUCUUCAGAAAAUGCUAAUGGUUCAGUAGCAGACAUUUCAAGGUUAUCUCUUGCAGGUUCUGAAACAAGAGAGCCUAGUCUGGAAGGAAGAAAUGCUGGUUCUAUCGGUCAAACUUCAGAACAGUCUGCUGAGGAAGCAUUUCAAGCAUCUAAUUUGGACAGGGAUUCACAGGACCAUGUGGGUAGUUCUUCGGUGAAUGGUAGCCUUCCAAAUAGCGGUCAACUUGAUGCAGAAUGUGACAAUGGGCCAAGCGGUAGGACAAAUUACAGCAGUGAUGCAUCUUUAGAGGUUACAGAUGGUGGGCCUUCAGCCUCUUCUGUUCCUCAGAGGGAGCAUCUAAUCCCUUCUAGAUUGGCUGAUGUUCGUAGUAGAGGCCAAUUUGUUCGGCGACAAUCAUCUGAAAGAGGUUUCCCUAGAAUAAUAUCUUCCUCAUCCAUGGAUACACGGAGUGAUCUUUCUGCUAUCGAGAGUCAGGUUCGCAAGCUAGUUGAUGAUUUGAGAAGUGAUUCUGUAGAUGUUCAAAGAUCAGCAACAUCAGAGAUCCGGCUUUUAGCUAAGCACAACAUGGAGAACAGGAUUGUCAUUGCGAACUGUGGGGCUAUAAACUUGCUGGUCGGUCUUCUUCAUUCGCCAGAUGCCAAAAUUCAAGAGCAUGCUGUGACAGCUCUUCUGAAUUUGUCGAUCAACGAUAACAAUAAGAUCGCGAUUGCAAAUGCUGAUGCUGUUGAUCCCCUCAUCCAUGUCCUUGAGACAGGGAACCCUGAAGCCAAAGAGAAUUCAGCAGCCACAUUGUUCAGUCUUUCAGUUAUUGAAGAAAACAAAGUGAGGAUUGGAAGGUCUGGUGCCAUCAAGCCUCUGGUCGACUUACUAGGAAAUGGGACCCCUCGAGGAAAGAAAGAUGCAGCUACAGCAUUGUUUAAUUUAUCCAUUUUACAUGAGAACAAGGCACGUAUUGUGCAGGCUGAUGCUGUGAGGUAUCUGGUUGAGCUUAUGGACCCUGCUGCUGGAAUGGUUGACAAAGCUGUGGCUGUCUUGGCAAACCUUGCUACCAUACCAGAAGGGAGGACAGCGAUUGGGCAAGCCCGUGGUAUUCCAGCCCUUGUUGAAGUUGUUGAACUCGGUUCAGCAAGGGGCAAGGAAAACGCUGCCGCAGCGUUGCUUCAGCUAUGUACAAACAGCAGCAGAUUUUGCAGCAUAGUUCUUCAAGAGGGUGCUGUGCCUCCUUUAGUUGCACUGUCACAGUCAGGCACGCCACGGGCAAGAGAGAAGGCACAAGCUCUUCUCAGCUACUUUCGCAGCCAAAGGCACGGGAAUUCAGCAAGGAGAUAACCUUAUCAGAAAUUUUUGUAGGUGUACAUUAAGCAUCUCUUUCGAUUCAUCAGACAGCGGCUUGGCUCCGCGUAUUGUUGUUGGCUCUUGGGUCUUUAUGGCCUUAUGUAUUGUUUAUAGUUAAAUUGAGAUUGUGCUCAUGUCAUGCAAAUGUUGUGAGCGCUGGGUUGGGUGUUUGUUGUUGAGAUGGUGUACUUUUAGUUCUCUUUUUUUUUGUUGGAGGAUCUCUCUCUCUCCCUCUUUCUCUUGUAUAGGUUGUCCAUUGGUAGUAGCUUACCUAUUCAAUGGGAUUUUGUUUUGUAUAUGCUAUUGACCCUGACAUUAUGAUUGUUUUGAUGGUUGUAAAA